AUCUUAGAGAACUUUGAUCUGCAGUUGUAUAAAGAAGAGAAAAAACACACACGGUGAGCAGAGGGACUGGCUGUUAGUCCUCAAACUGAGCACUGCCACCAGAAAAGCUAUGACUGUCAGGACAGAGCAGACGGAGGACUGACAUGACAUGAACUUGAACACUUUGAGACAGAAGGCUUUUGAGCUGAGACACAAGGAGAUCUUCAGCUGGACUGAAGUCAAACUGACAAGGAGAGGAAACAGUGAAGGGAAAGCAGAAAAGGGCAGAAGAGGGAGAGGGGGACGUUGACUUCUUGACCCUGCAAACGUUGACCAGCAGCUUGCAUCAUCAUGGACACAGACAUAGACAUGGACCUCUAUCACAGAAAAAGCUCCUCACAGCAUCAAGACACAGAGUUGUUCUCGUCUGAAGAAGACAGCAGUCUCUACUUCACCUACAGUGGAGGGUGCAAUGAGCUGGAGGUCAACAACCUGCACUAUGAGGUGGACACCGCCGCUCAGAUCCCCUGGUAUGAGAGGUUGUCAGAGUUCAAGCUGCCAUGGGAAAUAAAAGGCGAUAAGCAGACGGCCAUUAACAAACUCAGCCUCCAUGUCCGCAGUGGUCAGAUGCUGGCCAUCAUUGGCAGCUCAGGUUGUGGUAAAACAUCUUUGCUGGACAUAAUAACAUGUCGGGACGAGGGCGGCAUAAUGACGUCCGGUCAGAUUCUGAUUAACGGGAAGCCCAGCACAAAACAGUUGGCGAAGAAGAGCAUCGCUCAUGUCCGUCAAGAUGACCGUCUCCUCCCUCACCUCACCGUCCGUGAGACUCUUGCCUUUGUUGCCAAACUGAGGCUCCCCACCUACUUCACGCAGGCCCAGAGGGAUCAGAGGGUGGAUGAUGUGAUUGCAGAGCUGCGGCUGCGACAGUGCGCAAACACCAGGGUGGGAAACGACUACGUGCGGGGAGUUUCUGGAGGAGAGAGGAGAAGAGUCAGUAUCGCAGUACAACUUCUCUGGAACCCUGGUAUUUUGAUCCUGGACGAGCCCACGUCAGGUCUGGACAGCUUCACAGCCCACAACCUGGUGAUCACACUGUCCCGCCUGGCUCGGGGAAACCGUCUGGUCCUGCUGUCAGUCCACCAGCCUCGAUCGGACAUCUUCCAGCUCUUCGACCUGGUCGUGCUGAUGUCGUCGGGUUCAGCCGUUUACUGUGGCGCUGCCCGGGAUAUGGUGCCUUACUUCACUGCACUGGGAUAUCCAUGUCCGCGCUACUGCAACCCGUCAGACUUCUAUGUUGAUUUGAUCAGUAUAGACCGACGCAGUCCAGAGAAAGAGGCCGAAUGUUUGGAGCGAGCCAGAGUUCUGUCUGCGCGGUUCAUGGAGAAGGUCAGAGACAUGAAUGAUUACAUGUGGAAACCAGCUGGGACCAACACAGCACCAACACUACCUGAAAGCGCCAGCAUGUCAGAGGGAGAGGGAGUAAUAACUAUUUCCAAUCAAAGAGACAGAUUACCUGGUAAACUUCACCAAUUCACCACCCUUAUCAGGCGUCACAUGUACAAUGACUUCAGAGACUUAGUCACAUUACUGGUCCACGGCUUUGAGGCCUUGCUCAUGUCACUGCUGGUCGGUUUUCUGUACUACGGGGCGGGAGCAGAGCGUCUGUCCAUCCAGGACACAGUUGCCCUCCUCUACAUGAUUGGAGCUCUCACUCCAUUUGCUGUGGUGCUGGACGUCAUAGCUAAAUGUCACACAGAGAGAGCCAUGCUCUUCCAUGAGCUGGAGGACGGCAUGUACUCCGUCACCUCUUACUUCUUUGCCAAGAUUCUGGGAGAACUACCAGAGCACUGUGUGUUCACCCUGGUCUACAGUGUGCCCAUCUACUGGCUGGCUGGGCUCAACGAUGCUCCCACCUGUUUCUUGCUCAACUUCCUGCUGGCUUGGCUGAUGGUUUACUGCAGCCGUGCCAUGGCUCUGUUUGUAGCUGCCGCUCUGCCCACCCUGCAGACCUCAGCCUUCAUGGGCAACGCCUUGUUCACCGUCUUCUAUUUGACGGCAGGAUUCGUCAUCAGCCUUGAAAACAUGUGGCUUGUGGCCACAUGGCUUUCUCAUGCCUCCUUCAUGCGCUGGGGUUUUGAGGGAAUGCUGCAGGUGCAGUUCAGAGGAAACAAGUAUCCUGUGAGCAUCGGAAACUUCACCAUGAAUAUUGACGGCAUAUAUGUGGUGGAGGCCAUGAACAUGAACCAGUAUCCUCUGUACUUGUGCUACGUCGUCCUGCUGGCCGUCUGUUUCAGCUUCAUGGUGCUCUACUAUUUGUCCCUGAAGUUCAUCAAACAGAAGUCUAGUCAGGACUGGUGAAAACGUCUGGAUCUGAAACCACGCUCUUGUUGCGGCAGUAAAAAAAUAAGUGAUUUGAGUUCUAGUUCGACUGGUUCGACACUGAGCUUUUAAUUAUUGGUUUUACUGUGAAAAGAGUGAUUAAUUGUAAAUCAUAUUUUUUUUCCCCCACAAUAAUUUCAACUUAAGUGUAAUAGCAUUAAUGUAUGAAGCAAUUAAUGCAGCAAUUACACACACAUUUGACUUUUUGAAACAAUCUCAACAUAUAGUGCUGAACAUUGUAUUAGGGCAUCACCCAAACAUACAUUAUGUUUGCUUUUUUACAAAACAAACGUAAACAAAACCAAAAUAUUGUUAUGUACAGAUUAUAGGAACUGCAUGACCCAGAAGGCACUGGGGCGUACAGGAAGUACAUGGCAGGAUUGUAUGUGGAAAGUCGCUCCAGUAAAGUUCGAACAAAACCUA